AUGUUCGCAGCCGCGUUAACGAAAUAUGUCUUUUUAACGUUGACUACUCUGCACUUAUUAGAUAUUGCUGUUGCUUAUUCACCAAAUUUUGAAUCAUACAGAGAGCUAUUAGACUAUCUAUAUACAAAUGGUUAUAUAAAGUCCUUGACCAUAAAAAAAGCAAUGGGUUUUGUUGAUCGAAAAUUUUUCGUUACUGGGAAACCGUACGAGGAUAGUUCACAGGAAACAGUGUACGGAGUCAGAAUCUUGGCGCCUCAUGUGGAGGCACUUGUUCUGGGAGCCUUAGAAAGCCGUCUUCCAAUCGGUGCACACGUUGCUUGUAUUUUAUGCCACAGUGGGUACUUACCAUCAAUUAUGGCAAUCUACGUAUUAAAUAGAGGUAUCGUCUUAGGAAUUGAAAAGGAUAGCAGUGUGACCAAUUUUGAUUAUGAAAAUAUUGAAAAAUGGAUUGCAUCGAGUCAUAUAGCAAAAGCAUACCAUUUUAACAGACACUCGCCGUUUCAAUUUUAUACUCGUAGCGAUCCAGGUGAGAAAGUGGGCCCUGAUUCCUAUAGCGCCACUUUUUAUAAUGGGGAUGAUAAAAACACCAUUGAUAAAUUAAAGCAACGUUUGAGAAAAAUGGGUCGCCUUGUUUAUCUAACAAGAACUGAAAGGGGAGGUCAAGUCUUGAUGGUAAUAGAUCGACUAUCCAAUGGUUCUUUCCAUGAAAGAAUGUUAGCUCAUGUUCGAUCGGAUAAGGUUAAAGAAGAAGAAGGAGAAAGAGGAAGAGAAGAUUUAGGUGGAGAAAGAGGAGAAGAAGAUUUAGGUAGAGAAAGGGGAGAAGAAGUGGAAGGGCCACUGAAGGAAAUAGAAGAAGCAGUGACACCUACACCCGUUCCACCUCCAUUUGUCGAUUUCGACGAUGUACUUCUUUCAUCAGUACAAAUUAAGCAUAUUCCUGAUGUUAAAAUAAUACUCCUACUAGUCUGCAUCGCUAUCAUCUCAUGGAUCCAACUAUUUUAA